GCGACGGAAAAGCUGCAGUACGUAUCCGGUAUUCCGGAUACAAGAUGCUUAGUGUCACUUUCCAAGUUUCCACUGUCGCUACCAUGUCGAGCCACCACCCUACAUACACGUUGGCUGCAUUGCUGGCUAUUGGCGGAGUCGUGGGAUAUGUCAAGCGUGGGUCUGUGAUCUCCCUUGCUGCAGGCGUUGGCAUCGGCGCCGGGUUUGGAUUUGCAGGAUACCUGUUGCAACAAGGCCAGAUGACCAACGGCCAUGCGACUGCGUUGGCCCUCAGCUCCAUCACGAUGGCUGUCAUGGGAGUGCGUGCUAUCAAGACCAAGGCUACGGUCCCCAUUGCCGUUGCGUCGCUGUGCGCUGUCUCGUCUGCUUACCACGCGCAAAAGUUCUUGGAAUGGGCUGGUCAAGAAUAAGUAAGGCACAGUCCACCACAUGUGAAAACUCCCGUCCUUGUGUUUCUAAAGCGCCUCCUUGUUUCGCAUCGAUACAGUAUGCCAUGGCAUUCAAUAUCAUCGACCUUGGGCAUCCAUCCCCCCAUC